AUGAAAAAAAUUGACAAUAUCGAAAAUGGCCUGAAAAGUUUGACAGGAAGAGUUCGUGUCUUGGAGAAAGAAGUACGUGAGACAAAAGAAAAAACGGCUGAAUGUGAAAAAAGUGCUGAAACCAUCAAUCAAUUUUAUGAACAGAUAAAAGAAAAAAAUGAACAGAAUACAAUGGAAAUUAAGCGGUUACAGAAACAGCAAGAGCUGGCAGAGUAUAAUGCGAAGUGUGCAGAAAAUAGAUUGAUGGAGGUAUUAGAAACUCAGGAAAGUUUGCGGGAGCGAGUAGAAAAUGUACAAUGUAGAUCGAUGAAAAGAAACCUAAUAUUUCAUGGCAUCCCAGAAACACACAAUGAGGAAAUUGAAGCAAAGCUUAAAGACUUUUUCCAUCACAGUCUGAAAAUUACAAAAUCAGCUGAACUAGCCAAUGUACAUAGAUUUGAGAAACGGUACAAUGAUAGACCAAGGCCUAUUGUGGCUGCAUUCCUAUUUCAAAAAGAUUUGGAAUUGGUGCGGGACAGUGGUAGACUUCUAAGAGGUACCAGUUAUGGUAUAAAUGAACAGUUUCCUAAAGAGGUGGAAGAGAGACGGAAAAUUCUUUAUCCCGCGUUAAAAGACCUUAAAAGGGCGGGUCAUAGAGUUUAG